AUGUCUUCCACAUUCUCCCACAAACUCAAGGCCGAGGCAAUGGCUUGCCAGAAGACCGAGAUGCCGCUCCCUCUCAUCCCCCUCGUCUUCGUCGCACACUUCGCCCACACCGUGAUCGAUGUCCUCACAACAGGAGCCCGGCGCAAAUCGGCCGCCAUCGCAAACCACCUCGACUCCCUUCGCCUGCAAGUCCGCGGGCCGGAGCACUCCUUCGCCCCUUUCUCAAGGCUGCCCCCCGAGCUCCGCCUCAAGAUCUGGAACCUCGCCAUCGAGCCGCGGACGCUCACGGCGACGCACGCGCCCAACCCGACGCUUCUGUCGGUCAACCGCGAGGCGAGACACGAGGCGUUGAGGCGGUACAACUUGGUUAGACUGAACACCUGGGGAGACCGCAGGAUCUACAUCGACUUCCAGCGCGACAGCAUCGCUGUGGUCGAGGGAAAGGGUGGCGGCGGCUUUCCCGUCCGCGGAGCGAGACACGUUGUCGUUGUCUGCGAAGAGCCGUUUCAGAACCCCGCCUCAUGGCUCAAGUGCCGGUACCGCUCGGGUCUGGACUCCGUCACGCUUGUCCUUGGUGGUGCAAUGAGAUCAGAUCUGGUACCGUUUCCUGAGAUUCGCCUGUUGGGUACACCAAAAGACACGCAAGGCCGGCUGGGAUUCUCUGAUGAGGAGGUUGACAGGAUAGAGGGUGAGCUUAGAGACCUGGCUCAAGGAUGGGGAAGCACUGAAGUCCGUGUUGGAGAAUUUGUAUAA